CACAUCGUUCCAAAGGUCUUCCACUUACCACAGCCUUCAAAAGAAGCAAAAUGAUCGAGCCCAUUGGGAAUCAGUACAUUGUGGCCAGGCCAGUGUAUUCUGCAAAUGCUUUUGGGGAAGAACAUAAGAAGAAACACAGAUAUCAUAAGACAUUUCUGGAUCAUCUCAAAGUGUGUUGUAGCUGUUCUACAGAAAAGGCCCGGAAAAUUGCCCUCUCUUUGCUCCCCAUAACAUCUUGGUUACCAGCAUACCGGGUAAAGGAGUGGCUACUCAGUGACAUUGUUUCUGGAAUCAGCACAGGGGUGGUGUGUGUUCUGCAAGGUUUAGCAUAUGGUCUGCUGGUCAACAUCCCUCCACGUUAUGGGUUAUAUGCAGCCUUUUUCCCAGUCAUAGUCUACUUUUUCUUGGGGACUUCUAGACACAUAUCUGCGGGUCCUUUUCCAGUUCUGAGUACCAUGAUGGGAGUAACAGUUGCAAGAUUAACCCCCGAUUCCUUUAAUGACUCAAUGAGUAAUGAGACAUCACUAGAUGACUAUAAGGUGAUGGUGGCUGCAACGGUCACAGUUUUUUCUGGAAUCAUUCAGUUGCUGAUGGGGGUUCUGCAGAUCGGAUUCAUGGUGGUAUAUCUAUCUGAAUCCCUAAUCAGUGGUUUCACCACAGCUGCCGCUGUUCAUGUUUUGGUUUCCCAACUCAAAUUUAUUUUUCAGCUAAAUGUCCUUUCAUACACUGAUCCAUUUUCAAUUUUUAAAGUACUAAAUUCCAUAUUCACACAAAUAGAGAAGACUAAUAUUGCAGACCUUGUGACAGCCUUGAUUAUCCUCUUCAUUUUAUUUGUGGUCAAAGAAAUAAACCAGUGCUACAAAGACAAGCUUCCAGUGCCCAUCCCCAUUGAAUUCAUCCUGACUGUGAUCGCAACAGGUGUGUCCUAUGGUUUUGACUUCAGAAACAGGUUUAAUGUGACUGUGGUUGGGGAGAUGGAAAGUGGAUUUCAGCCACCUAUCACACCUGACAUGACGAUUGUCCAAGAAACCAUCGGAGAUAGUUUCAGCAUUGCAAUCGUUGGCUUCGCAGUGGCUUUUUCGAUCUCCACAGUCUAUUCCCUCAAACAUGAUUAUCCAAUUGAUGGCAAUCAGGAGUUAAUAGCCUUGGGUUUGGGUAACAUACUCACCGGAUCAUUCAAAGGAUUUGCCUCAAGUACCGCCCUCUCCAGGUCAGCGAUUCAGGAGAGUACUGGAGGCAAAACACAGGUUGCUGGGAUUCUCUCUGCUGUCAUUGUGCUGAUUGUCAUUAUGGCCCUCGGAUUUCUUCUGGAGCCUCUGCAAAAGUCUGUCCUGGCAGCUUUAGCUCUUGGAAACUUAAAGGGAAUGCUGAUGCAGUUCACGGAAAUACGAAGAUUGUGGCAAAAGGAUAAGUAUGAUUGUCUGAUUUGGAUCGUGACCUUCAUCUUUGUCAUUGUCCUGGGACUUGCUUUAGGCCUGGCUGCUAGCGUGGCAUUUCAGCUCCUGACCAUCGUGUUCAGGACCCAAUUUCCAAAAUGCAGCACGUUGGCUAAUGUUGGAAGGAGCAACAUCUACAAGAAUAAAAAAGAUUACUCUGAUAUGUAUGAACUGGAAGGAGUGAAAAUUUUCAGAUGCCCAUCUCCUAUUUACUUUGCAAACAUUAAUUUCUUUAAGCAGAAACUUAUUGAUGCUGUUGGCUUUAGUCCACUUCGAAUUCUACGGAAGCGCAACAAAGCUAUGAAAAAGAUCCGAAAACUGCAGAAGAAAGGCCUGCUACAAGUGACACCAAAAGGAUUUAUAUGCACCAUUGAUGAUGGCUUGAAAGAUUCUGAUGAAGAGCUGGACAACAAUCAGAUAGAAGAACUGAAUCAGCCAAUCAACACCACAGACCUGCCCUUCCAAAUAGACUGGAAUGCUAAUCUUCCUCUCAACAUUGUGGUUCCUAAAAUUGAACUGCAUAGCCUUAUUCUUGAUUUUUCAGCAGUGUCGUUUCUUGAUGUUUCUUCAAUGAGGGGUCUCAAAACGAUUUUGCAAGAAUUUAUCAGGAUCAAGGUAGAUGUAUAUAUUGUUGGAACUGAUGAUGAUUUCAUUGAGAAGCUUGCACGCUGUCAAUUUUUUGAUGAUGAAGUCAAGGACUCAAUAUUUUUCCUAACAAUCCAUGAUGCUGUUUUACAUAUUUUGAUGAAAAAGGAUUACAGUACUUCAAAGUUUAAUUCCAGUCAGGAAAAUGAUAGAAAAUUUGAUUUCACCAUACAUACAAAUGGAGGAUUACGUAAUCGAGAAUGUAGGGUAUCAGUUGAGACGAAAUUCUAAUCAAUAUAUAAUUCAGAGGGAUUCUCAUUGGACUGCUACAUAAAGAACAACUUGAUACCCAGAAAGUUAUUGAUAAAUUCAUACAUUGUAUGAAGAA